AUGUCGCUCCGAAUUAACAUUCCACCUGCUACUCGAAUCUGUCUUGUCAGCCUUCUCAUCCUCUCCCUACUCUACAAUAUUGCCAGAUGGCGACAAAUUGACACCACUGGUGGAACCCCGGCCACAUCUCCUCUCGUCCCCUACCUGACUCUCGUUCCCUCGUACUUCUACUACUACCCUUGGACACUCGUCACUGCCACCUUUGUCGAGCAGAAUAUAUUUACCGUCCUGUUAAACGCUGCCACCGUAUUCUAUGGCGGCAAAUACCUCGAACGCGCGUGGGGUUCGCGCGAGUUCAGCAAGUUCAUCGCGGUUGUUGCCGUGAUCCCCUGCAUCGCAAUCAUCCCAAUCUACCUGAUUUGGGGAGCAGUUGGAGGCUCCUCAACUAGAGCCCUCACCCAAAUCUGCGGCGGAGUCUCCAUCCAAGCUUCCUUCCUAGUCGCCUUCAAACAGCUUGUCCCCGAACACACAGUAACAGUCUUCAAAGGGAUGAUCAAGAUGCGCGUAAAGCAUUUCCCCGCCCUCUUCCUCCUCCUAAACAGCAUCAGCGGCUUCGUCAUCGGAACAGACACCGCCGCAAUCCUCUCCUGGCUCGGCAUCCUCACCAGCUGGACCUACCUCCGCUUCUACAAGCGACAGCCUGACCUAACUGGCACUUCGAGCGGCUCGGGUAUCAAAGGUGAUGCCAGCGAGACGUUCGCUUUCGCCUGUCUAUUCCCCGACGUAAUGCAGCCGCCUAUUGCGUUCGUCGCAGACCAGAUCUACGCCCUGCUGGUUGCAGCUAAGCUCCUGACGCCGUUCUCAGCGGACGAUAUCGCCUCCGGUAACGAGCUGGUGCUAGCGAGAGGUGAGGCUGGCUUGCCCACGCUGUUGAAUAACCAGCGUGGUGGCAGAGGCGCGGCUAAGCGCGAAGAGGCGGAGCGCAGACGUGCCGUUGCGCUCAAGGCUUUGGAUCGCAGGCUGCAGACUGCUACUAUUGGGCCUGCGCAGGCUCAUGCGCCUAGUUUGGGGGAGCCUAGUUCGUCGCUUGCGCGUUCUGCUACGCCAACUCCGGCGGCGCCUGUUGGCCAGAGUAUGCUAGGGGAAACGAGUUACAACCCUGAUCAUGCUUGA